AUGGCCAGUAGGAGGCCGAGUGAAGAUGCCAACAACGAGCUGACCAAUGUCGGAAUCACUUUGGGCAAGGUGAUCGGGGGUGGCAGUUUCGCAAAAGUCAGCGCGGCAAAGCAAGUUAUCAAUGGACAGGAGCACAAACGAGCAGUCAAAAUAAUGAAUUUGGAUAAAAUCAACGAUCCGCGAUUUGAGUCUACUUUCCUGGCGCGUGAAUUGGAGAUCCUCAGACUCGUCAAUCAUAAACAUAUUGUCAAAGUGCACGACGUGAUAGAAAGCGGCAGAUUUGUAUAUGUAAUAACCGAUUUAUAUGCAUGCGAUUUACUUCAGUACAUUCAACAAAGAGGAGCGUUAACAGAAUCCGUUGCUCGACGCGUAAUACGAGAACUGAGCCAAGCUGUUAUGUAUCUGCACGAUUCGUUGGACGUAGCACAUCGCGAUUUGAAGACAGAAAACCUCUUCCUCAGUUACCACGGGCGGCUGAUCCUGGGCGACUUUGGCUUCGCACGAAAAGUGGGAGGCGAGUUGUCUGCGACGCGUUGCGGCUCCGAUGGUUAUAUAGCGCCAGAAGUGGCGGCUAGCACCAGACAGAUUGAUGCCAAGCUGGGCGACAUUUGGAGCGUCGGGGUUAUCUUAUUCAGUGUUGUUACUAAAAGUUUGCCAUUUGAUAAAAGAUGUGCCCGACGCGCUCUUCCAGAACCAGACAAACUCAACUUACUAGACUUUGCAUACCCAUUCGAUUCAUAUCCCAACAAUUUGGAUGUCACCGAGUCUGGAUGGAGACUCGAGUUCAGGAGUGUGCUUGAGACGAUUCCCAUCUUCAAGAGUGGUACCUGGUCUAUCUCACUUUGGCUGUCUCACGAAGAUCGAGAAAUUCCCUUCAAAGCCAUCGCGCAGCCAAUACGUGAAAUGAACGGAAAAGUAAUGGCUGUCUUCGAUGAAACUCUUCGGCGGAACAAGGGCAUUCGACACGACCUCAUCAGCAGGGUCGAUGACGAUGGGCGACAUGUUGUGAAACUUUCGAUGAAGGAUGAUGGUUUCAUAAGAUUCAAUAUUAUUUUGCUGUAA